GAGUUUGUGUCGCGUGGGGAAAGUUGCGCGAGGAGCUCCAGUGCGCGUGAAUCAGAAUGUGAUGAACACGGAGGAUCAUUUAAUGAUAUCAAACUCAUCAUAUCACAUGAACAAGGAUCACCUCAUCAGAUCAAGCACAUCACCACGAGUCCCGGUCCUGCUGAACCGAUCAAACGAUAUUCAACCGAAAGCGCGCCUGAAAUCACCAACCUGAUGAUGAUGAUGGACGCGAAGGUGGAGAACUAUUAACGGAGAAGAUGGACGCGUCUCUCCAGAGGAGUUUAAGUGUUUUGGAUCGUCUUCUCCUCACACACUCCAUAUGGUUGCAGCUGUCAAUCAACCCUGACUCCGCCCACCAAAUCCUGCAGCGAGAGAUAGUCGGGACGUUUCUGGUGUGUAAGUGUAGCGCCUCCCACAGGAAGGUUCUGUGUGUGCGAGUGCAGGAGGGAGGUGUGUCACAGUAUCCCAUCCGCGAGGAAGACUCCACGUUUUCUCUAGAAAGUUCUGCCCUGAGCUUCCCUGAUCUCUGCAGACUAGUGGCGUUUUACACGAUUAGCAGAGAUGUAUUACCUUUCCCACUGGAGCUCCCAGAAGCAAUUAUACAGGCCACAACACACACCCAGCUGGAAAGCAUUUCGCAUCUGGGCUUAGAGUUCUGGAGCUCUCAGACGUCCCCUGGCCUUCCUAACGGUCCCCCUCCGCCCUCAGCGCCCCACCGGACAUCCAGAUUGAUCAGCCCAUGUUUUGUCAAUCCCCUGUUCCUUCAGCCUCCCCAACCCAGCCGAACCGCCUCACACAAACGCCACCGCUUCAAACGCAGCCUCAGGGUCCGUGUGUCCAAUGAAACCUCUCUCAGCCUGUCAGGUGGAGAAUCGGACCUAACCCAGGGGGAGACACAUGAGCAAAUUGCCAACCGGGGCGGACCGAGACGGACAGGAGGAUUGAGCGUGCUCAGGAGGACUCCGGCACUCACUCCCACUUCAGUAGAGGAGGACGAACAGAUGUUGGGACAGAUACCACCCAGUAACUCCUUACCCCAAAGAGACAACGCUGAACUCAACAAAGACACUGACGAUGGUGAGGUGUGUCUCGCUUUGGAAAGAACCCGAGCUCCUUCCCUUGCUGAACUGGACAGCAAUAGUUCUUUCAGCAGCCUGGAGGAGGAGGAAGCCCAGGACUUUGCCCACCAAUGGCCGCCUGCGGCACGUGGGACCCGUUUCCCCUCAGCGAACCCGACCUCGACUCUACGCCGCAUGACCGCUGCCUUUGUAUGCGUGUUUGCUCCUGAGCGCCGAGUUGCCCGAUUGGUGGACGAACUCUCCCAUGAAAAACGCUCCACGUUUGGGUCAUUGGUGCAGGACUUCUUAGAGAAACAGAGGCAGGAGAUGGAGGCCUCAACGUAUAGUUCUGCUGUGGAGCUGCUUCAGGGCUUGAGGAUAUUUCUGUCCCAAGCCAAAAAUCUCCUUCUUGAAGCAGGAGAAAUAGAACCUCCAAUUGAGACACUGGUGCCUGAGAACGAGAAAGAUCUAGCCCUGGAAAAGGCUCUGUUUGGCUGCGUGUUGAAGCCGUUGAAGAUUCAGCUGCACCAGACGCUCGUAUCUCUCCACACUCAGGACGGCUCUUUACGGAGGAUCACGGACAGCUUGCUGGCCUACCAGGAGGGGGCGCUGGAGCGCCUGGCUGUGCGAGUGGGAGUCCUGGACGUUCGUGGUAUAGACCGAGCGAAGGCAAAGCUCACGCUGAUGCAGCGCAGCCAUUCGCCCAUUGACAAGGUGUUGCUUUUGCUGCAGGUGUGCAAGAGUGUGUACAAGGCUAUGGAGACGCAACCAGAUCAGGAAGUGGGGUCUGAGGAUUUCCUACCGGCACUGUCCUACGUGCUUGUUCAAUGUAAUGUCCCACAACUGCUGCUGGAGACGGAGUACAUGAUGGAGCUGCUUGAGCCGGCAUGGCUGACCGGAGAGGGUGGAUACUAUUUGACGAGCGUGUAUGCCAGCCUAUGCCUGAUCCAGAACAAGCCUGGGACCACGCCCACCUGCACUCUGACCAAUGAGGCUCAAGAGUACUUGCGGGAGUGGAGCAGGAGGCGGGGCCAAGAAGCCAAGACCCAGAAGGACAGUCAGCAGAAACAGAGGUUCAUCCGUGUGCUGUUCCAGGGUGAGAGUCGCAGUGCAGUGCGGACUCUCCUCUGGAAGGCGGGCGAAAGCGUCGACGCUCUGACCCAAUCCUGCGCGGGUGUGUUCGGCGUGAGCGAGCCGCAGCACUACUGUCUGUUCUGGAGGAGUGACGGGGAGAUGUGUCCUCUCCCGGCCCACGUUCAGCCCCAUCAGCUGGGCUCGCAGGAGGGAGCGUCCCUGUCCUUCCUGCGCUGCGAUCACGACUUCAGCAAGAUGCGCAGACUCACCCGAGGGGGCGCUGUGGACCUGGGAGAGUCCGUGUGUGAGGAGUGAGGAGAAGCAGGUGCACAAUAUGACUUUGUCACAAUCGUGGCUAGAGGUUUUAUGGAUGUCACACAGUAUUUGAAUGCGGUAUAUGUGUUCAGUUCUAUGGAUGAUGGUGAUUAUUUUUGUUUGUGUUGGGUGUAAACAGAAAGCACAAUAGCAUUAAGAAGGAGAUACUUGGUAAUAAUGCAAAAAGCAAUAUCUGCCAAACAGGAGAUCUGGAAACGCUGAGAUUCAGCUGUCACUUUUUGAUUGGCUUGCAGAGGUGUGUAUUGCAGAGUAAUACCAAAGUGUUGAACAUAAUACAAAAAAACCUAAUAAAAAUAUAUAUGUUUAAACAAUCAUAUGUACACAUGCUCUGAGUAUCGACACUGUAUCUACACUGGAUGUGUUGCAUUAAAUCGCUCCUGUUAUAAUCACUGGAGCCGUUUGCACUGGAAGUGUGUCGCGACGCACCUUCUGUUUUUGACACAUUACUGCAGCCACUUUAUUUCUUUCGUUCAUCUGAUUUUUUAAAAUAUAUAUAUAUAUAUAAAUAUCGUAUUUGAAUUGGUUGCUGUUCAUUUUAUUUAAUUUUACACUAGGAUCCAAAAGUAGUGCUCGACUGAUGAUGAUUUUUUUGAUGGC